AUGAACAGUUCUCACACUACAAAGUCCCAUGUACUCAUCCUUCUUGUGGCCCUACUGUAUGCAGAAAGAGCUCAGGGGCUGGAGUGCUACCAUUGUGUGGGGGUCCCACUUGAGACUUCCUGCCCAUCACUUCCCUGCCACUACCCUGAUGGAAUCUGUGUUACUCAGGUGGUAGAAGGUAUUGUGGACUCUCAGAGACUGAAAGUAAAGGACAGUCGGUGCCUUCCCGUCUGCCCUGCUACUCCUGAAAAUUUCAAGAUGCUGGGUACUAUUGUCAAUGUGAAUACUUCCUGUUGCAAGACAGACCUCUGCAAUGCAGCCGUUCCCACUGGAGGCAGCACCUGGACCAUGGCAGGGGUGCUUCUGUUCAGCCUGGGCUCAGUCCUCCUGCAGACCUUGUUGUGAUGGUCCUCCCAACGACCCCACCCUUGUCCUUUUAUCC